GCCGCUUUGACGCUUCGCACGCGGAAACUGUUUACUCUGUUAGCUAUUGUAUUUUAGCCUCGAAACUGGAAGAAAAUACAUAUACAGCAAGUGUUUUUGUUCGUUAAAAAGCCUUCGCAAUGGGCAAAGCAGACUUUUUAUCCCCGAAGGCGAUUAGCAACCGAAUAAAGGCUAAAGGUCUUCAGAAGUUGAGGUGGUAUUGUCAAAUGUGUCAAAAACAAUGUCGAGAUGAGAAUGGUUUUAAGUGUCACUGCAUGUCUGAGUCCCAUCAGAGACAGCUGCUGCUGGCCUCAGAAAACCCAACAAAGUUUAUGGACUACUUCUCUGACGAGUUUAAAAGUGACUUUCUGGAGCUGCUCAGGAGACGUUUUGGGACCAAACGAGUGCACAACAACAUCGUGUACAACGAGUACAUCAGUCACCGCGAGCACGUCCAUAUGAACUCCACAAAGUGGGAGACGCUCACCGACUUCACCAAAUGGCUGGGCAGAGAAGGUUUGUGCAAAGUUGACGAGACCCCGAAAGGCUGGUACAUUCAGUACGUCGACCGCGACCCGGAGACCAUCCGCCGCCAAGAAGAGCAGGCGAGGAAGAAAAAGCAGGACCUGGACGACGAGGAGAGGAGCGCCAAGUUCAUCGAGGAGCAGGUCCGCCGGGGCCGCGACGGCAAGGAGGCCGAAGACAGUCCCGUUUACACCGAGCUCAAACGUGAGAGCGAAGAAGAAAAAGUCGCUUUCAAUCUGAGCGCMCCGGUCGCCAGCUCCUCCAAAUCAAGCUCUGUUCUCGGGGCCAGUGCUCUGAAAGCUUCAGCAUCAUCAUCAUCCUCGGUCAAAAGAAAAGACGCGUCGUCUGGCUCCGACUCCAGAGGGGAGAAGAAGAAGAAAUCAGCCCUGGAGGAGAUCAUAGAGAUGGAGGAGAGAAAGAAGAAGAAGGAGUCGUCGGUCAGAACUGAUUACUGGCUGCAGCCCAACAUAGUUGUCAAAAUUGUCACCAAAAAGCUCGGAGAGAAGUACCAUAAGAAGAAGGCUGUUGUCACGGAGGUGCGAGACAAAUAUGGUGCGGUGGUGAAAAUGAUCGACUCUGGAGACAAACUGAAACUGGACCAGAACCACUUGGAGACGGUCAUACCAGCUCCAGGAAAGCGGGUUUUGAUCCUGAACGGUCCGUACAGAGACACCGAAGCCGUGCUCGAGGGGAUCGAUGAGAAAAGUUUCAGCGCGACGCUCACACUCGACACGGGCCAUCGGAGAGGAGAUAGAGUGGACGUCGCUUAUGAAGACUUUUCAAAACUGGCCUGAAAAUCUCUUGGUCAAUCUUGAGACGCUCACUUGACUGAGGGGCUCUACUGUGUCAGAGUUCAUUCCCAGACGCUCGUGUGUAAAUAGUAACACCUUAAUAACCAGGAAAUCAGGGAGACGUAGAACAUUCGUUGUAUUUUCUGUUUAUUUUUGGAACAAAAGUCAAUGUUUUGUCCGAGUAUGUUUGACAAACCUCACUUUUAGUGCAAAUGGAAAAGCAUACUUUUUUAAUAAAGAAAAUUACAAAA